GUCGUCCUGCAACACCACAAUCUAUAGUCACAAGCCGCUGCUGUGUUGGUUGCUGAGUUCUGACAUUCCAGCAUUCUUUUGCAUUUUAGUAGCAGGUUUCUUCUCUGUCAGCAUGUCUGUUUACUUUGCUUUUGCAUGUGUUUUAAAUGUAUUUAUCAUGACCUCAGAGUGACAGUCAGAGUUGAAUGUUGUUUAGAGACGUACCGAGCUCAGACGCUUCAGAGCAGAGAUGAAAUCGCUCGUUUUUAUUCUCCUGCUGGUGGUGACUUGUGGUCUGGCUGAAGGUCUGCUAAGAGAAUAUAUUUUCAUUAGCACUCCAUUAGGGUGGCGUGAAGCUCAGUCAUAUUGCAGAAGAUAUUACAAAGAUCUGGCCACCAUCACCACUAUGGAGGAAAACAAACGCCUCGUAGAAUCUGGAUCUGGUUCUUAUGAAAAUUGGAUCGGGCUGCGCAGAACAUCAGGCACCUGGACCUGGUCUGAUGGAGAACCACUUACUUUCCCAAACUGGUUUGGUGACAUUAGUGUUUUUCCAAUAUAUUGGGACAAUUGUGCUGUCACAUCUUAUGAUUACUCAGGAUUCUUAGUGAACUAUGACUGCAGAACUGGCAGGAAGUUCUACUGCUAUCGGUUCCUGAUCCUGGUGAAGGAGAACAAGACCUGGCAGGAGGCUCAGAAGUACUGCAGGACUCAUUACACUGGUUUGGCCUCCGUGAUCUCCGAGACGAGUCUGCGGCAGCUGAAGCUAGAGACGGUGCAGACGCAGACAGAGAGCGUGUGGACCGGCCUGCGCUUCGUGAACGGAAUAUGGUUCUGGGUGAGCGGGGAGCAGCUGGGGAGCCUGGUCUCAAUGCCUUCAUGUCCAGCUCUAUCUUACCGCUGUGGAGCUCUCAACACCACGACCAACACCUUGAAGAACCGAAACUGCAAUGACAGGCUGAACUUCAUCUGCUACCGGAAGUGAUUUUACACAAAUACACAAUCUCCUUCAGGAAGAAUAUACGCAUCACACGAUAUCAUCAUUCAUCAUUUAUAUAUAGUUUUAGGUUUAUUUACUAAUUUUUUAAUUAGGUUUAAGGUUUAGAUUCUGGUAGAGGAACUGCAGCUGAACACAAGAGGAGGUUAUUUGUUGGUGAAAGGGUCAGAUUUUAUAAUAAUGUAGGAAUUUACACACGUAAUAAACUUUAUUACACCACAGUGGUGUAGAAUGUAGUGCUGGAUUGUGAUUGGUCAGAAGGUGUUGAUUAAUUUUCUAUAACAGCAGCUCUGACAGUAGUGUAGCUGCACAUCACAGGUUUAUAUUAGAGAACUUUUAGACAAGAGAAGCCUAAAAUCUGUUAACAUUUUAUUUCAUUAUAACUGUCUCUGAAAAAACUGUUGUUCUGUUAUAAAUGUUCAUGCAUUAUGUAUGUUUUGAUUUAUAAAUUGAUAUCUGUUCCAUUAAAAAGUCAGUGUAAACAGUUCAUUUAGAAUGAAUUUGUCCUGAUUGGUGAAAAUCUCUGCAGAUAAACACAGCCAGUGUUCACACUUUGCAGUGUAACUGAUACGUUGUUGAAGUCAAUUGAACAUGCGUGUGUAUUACAGAUGUGCAAUCUUAUCUAAUCCUGUAUAAUUAUUUAUAUCUGUAUAUCUGUGUUAAUAUGGUUAAGGACAGAUAAGGAGCUUUUUUUA